AGACGGGCGAAUGGUAGGCCCCACUUUCUGGGACCCCUUCUGUAACAUCCCCUGCUCGUUUGGUUCUACGGAUGAUAUCGAAGCUUGUGGGUUCUGGGAUAUGAUUUCCCCUGUACACCGAUAGCCCAAAGAGGCUCUAUAGGCAAACCCAAAGGAGUCAGCAUUCAAAUUUUAUUCAAGAAAAGUAAAAGAACAAACAGAACAAGAAAAUGGGGAAAAUACACCAAGCCUCGGAACACAAGUUCCUUGACGAGCGCGGCACAUCCUCCGCCACGCUCGCGCCCAACGGCCUCAACCGGGCCCGCAUUAUGGAAAAGGCCGUGGUCGACCGCAUAACCGAAUCCUACUUUUGGAAAGAGCAGUGCUUCGGCGUGAACGAAGCCGACAUUGUGGACCGCGUCGUCGACCACGUCACGUACAUUGGCGGCGUGGUGGGCCAGUCCCAAAAACCCACCCCGUUUCUCUGUCUGGCGUUCAAGCUGCUGCAGCUGGGGCCCGACGACUCCAUCCUGGCCGAGUACCUCAAGUUUGGCGGCGAAAAGUUCAAGUACCUGAGGGCGCUGGCCAUCUUCUACGUGCGGCUGACCCGGACCAGCGCGGAUGUGUUUCGGACGCUGGAGCCGUUCCUCGAGGAUAGGAGGAAGCUGCGGAGAAAAGGGCGGGCGGGGACGAGCCUGACGUACAUGGACGAGUUUGCCGACGACCUGCUCACCAAGGACAGGGUUUGCGCCACGAGCUUGUUCAAGCUCACCAGGAGGGACGUGCUGGAGGAUCUGGACGAGUUGGAGCCUAGGGUUAGCCCGCUGGGUGACUUGGAGGAUCUUUUGGAAGAGGAAGAGGAGGAGGAGAAGCGACGGGAGGCCGAGGAGAAUGGAAACGAGAGGGAGCGGGCGGGGAGUCGGGAUCGGAGCAGCGAUGACGAGGGGAGGAUUACUGAUGAUGACGAUGAGAGGGGAGGGCGACGGUCGCGCGACCGGGACGAAGUGAUGGCCGAUCGAGACGGAAGCCCGGGGCCGAGCGCUGGAUGAAAGCAAACUCUGUAGUAAUCUUUUUUUUUCUUUUUUUUCUGCAAUAGACACCAGUCAACCCCCGGAUCCUCAUGGGACAACGAAACAUCAUUGUCUUACUGGUGGCAUGCCCGUUCUCAAGAUGCCUAGGGGCCGCUCAGCACAACCAAGGUCAUCCAGCCACUGGGAUAGUAUCCUGUCACCCGCACAAAUGAUCAAGUUCGGCCCAAUCUAGACCAUCCAACACCACGAGACAAACAUGUCUGGCAGUUCUGUAACGUUAGCCCACUGAUCAUAAACUUAUAUCACAAGCUCAGAGAUUCGUAUAAAUAGACAUCGCUAUCUACCGCACACAACUAUAAGGAUAAGAAUAAACACAGGAAAAAAUCCAAAUAUCCUUAUUUUCCC